AUGCCCGGCAAUUCGCCAUCGGUCGGCAUGGAGUCGGCGGUGGUGUUUGAGGGCUGCUGGCGCCGCUUCCAGCAGCGGCAUGGCACGGCGAUGCGCGUGCCUCGAGAGAUCAUCUUUCUCAACGGCGCCCCUGGCAGCGGCAAGGGCAUCAACACGCCCCACAUCCUGAAGACGCGCGGGUUUGACAGCUCGAUCUGCGUCUCGUCCCUGCUGACCAGCUACCCGGACGCCCGGAAAUUCAUCGACGCCGGCGAGAUGAUAUCUGACGCGGUCGUGUGCGACGCGUUGCUGGAGGACCUGCUCGGCGGCCGCCUGGGGGGCGGCGGCGCCCGGGGCGGCGGCGUGGACGGAGGGGAGUGCGCGGGUGUGGUCGUAGACGGGUUCCCGAGGACCGCCGUGCAGGUGGACUUUUUGAAGCUGCUGCACGACAAGCUGGCUGCCCUCCACCGCGCCCACGCGGAGGGCCCCCUCAGCGCGGCGUUCCCGCGGCCCGGCUUCAAGGUGGUGGUGCUCUACGUCGACGAGGAGACGCGGCGCGGGCGACGGACGUGA